AUGGCGGCGCCCUUACUGAGCGCGGCGCUGUGCGGCGUCCGGGGCGGGCGGGCCUUCAGCACGGCCGCUGCGCUCUGCAAGCGGGCAGCCCCGCUCGGGCCGAUGCCCAAUGAGGAUAUUGAUGUCAGCAACUUGGAAGCACUGGAAAAAUACCGCAGUUUCACUCGCUACUUCAAGCUGGCGGAAAAGGAGAGCAGGAAGCCCCGGUGGUGGAAGACGUACCGACAGCACACCACCCCCCAGCCAGAGCCCAAGACUGACAUCAGCCUGCCACGUGAUAAGCUGCUGCGGGCAAAGGAAAUCAAGGAAAGAAAAAAGAUCCUGAGGGAGAACCACCAGAAUGCUGAGAUGGAAAGAGCAGCACGGCUCCGGACUGUGUUGAUCCCUCUCGAUGAAGUCAGAGCUGAGUGGGAGAAGACCAGUGGCCCGUUCCACAAGCAGCGUGUGGCAGAGCACUGUGGGUUAUUUCGUGACUUGUUCAAGGGGGCCACAUUCACCCCCUGGGUUACCUUGAGGGUGGAGUACAGCCAAGACAGCGAGGACCUUGUGCCAGUUUACUAUGGGAACAUCGUUACUCCGUCAGAGGCGUCCAGUCCCCCUGCAGUGUCCUAUGAGGCAGAUAAAGGAUCCCUCUGGACUUUGUUGCUCACAAAUCCAGAUGGACAUUUAAGAGACACGGACUCCGAGUACCUCCACUGGCUGGUGACGAACAUCCCAGGCAGCAACAUCAGGUCGGGUAAGGAGAUCUGCCAUUACUUGCCCCCCUUCCCUGCCAAGGGGACUGGCUACCAUCGCUUCAUCUUCCUCCUCUUCAAGCAAGACUGCCCCAUAGAUUUCAGCGAGGAUGUUCGGCCGAUGCCAUGCUACAGCCUCAAGAUGCGAACCUUUAGCACGUUUGACUUCUACAGAAAGCACGAGGAUGCAAUGACACCGGCAGGGCUGGCCUUUUUCCAGUGUCAGUGGGACAGCUCUGUUACUGGGGUCUUCCAUCAGCUUCUCGAUAUGAGAGAGCCUGUGUUUGAAUUCGUGCGGCCGCCUGUUUACCAUCCUCCGCAGGUAAAGUUCCCGCGCCACCAGCCUCUGAGAUACCUGGACAGAUACCGAGACACCGAGGAGCCCACCUACGGCAUUUACUAGGGACUUGCCCACCUCUCGAGGUGCUUUGGUG